CAAUGAAGACAGUAAUUGAAGAAAAUGAAAACGAACAAAAUAUUAAUAAAAAUAAUUUAAUAACUAAUGGGCAAUCAAAAAAUUGGGUUUCUUUUAAUAAAGAAAAAGGCGAGGAUGGGGGUAGUAUUUUAUUAAGUCCAGUCAAAAUGGCUGCAAACUCUUCUUCAUCUGAUCGGCAACCUACUGCUCUUCUUGAACCGAUUGAACUUAAUGAUAUUCCUUUAAAUGACUUGGAUUCAACCCAACAAAGUCCAAAACAAAAUAAUAAUAAUAUUGGAAUACCCCCACCCCUACCCCCUCCACCAAUUCCCCCACCUCGUCCAACAACAAAACCACAAAAAGAAAGAAAAAAAGAAAUUAUUUUGGAGAUUGGUGCUGGAACUUCUAAUAGUAGUAAUGGAGGAAAUACAGAGGGGGGAUCUAAUAAUAAUUAUGAUGAUGGUGAAGGAGAUAAAAAUAGUGAAGAAUUGAAAAAUGGCAAAUUAUUGGUAAUUGUUUAUCCAAGUAAUGCCCAUUGUGCUUGGCUUGUUCCACCUAAAUAUGAUUACAAAAUGCCUUCAAAAUUAGCAAAUAAUAAACAGAUUGAAUUUCCACAAAUAACUUUUGAAGACAUAAUUCGAACAAUUUCUAAUGAUUUACGAUUUUUUAGUUAUGCAGUUAUUUAUUCUCGUUUAACACCUAUUUGGUUAAUAUUUUCUAUAAUUAUUUUGUUAGCAGUUUUGGCAUCCUCUCCAGCAGGUGGAGGAUUUCCAAUACUUAUUUUUACAAUUGUUUGGCUUUUAAUGUUAUUGUUAGGUUUAUUACUUUGCGUAUUUAUUCGAAAAUAUAUUGUUCUCUCACUAAGAAAUUUAAUGAAAGAUGUUAAUAAAAUAAGCUUUUUACAAUAUAAAAUAUUGAUAGGCGUUCAAGAUAGAGGACAAUUAUCUUGCCAUAAAGUUGCGUUAAUGUUUAUUUUUCUCGAUCCAAAUGGUUGUAAAGAAGAGAUUAUAAAACAAUUGCGUAUUUAUUAUGGAAGAUUCUCCCCAACAGCAACACAAAAACCCUUUACUGAAGAUGAACUUCUUUCAGAAGCAGAAAAUUUACUUUGCCAUUAUUCUCAAGAAUAUGCUAAGGCUUAUAUGAAAAGACGUUUUAUUCUCCCAGCUAGACCAACGGAAGGUGUUUCGGAAUAUAGACCAAAACAUUGCCAAAGAAAUUUAUGUCUUUGCCAAUUUAUUGAACGAGAACACUUCAAUAAGAAAAGUGAAAAAGAAUCAGCUCCCUGGUAUGAGAAACUCUUUGCUCCUUAA